GAUGCUAUGGUUCGCUUCGGAAGUUAUAAUUUGAUUUACAAGUCAACUCUGAAACGUAAACUGUUUGUGCUUAAUUUGCAUCGUUAGUUUUUGUACCGCUACGCUACUACAAACCGUAGCCAUCGGAACCUCAGAUGGAGAGGACGGUGAGAAAGCACUUCCACGUCGAGUUACAAUUGCACCGUAGAUCUGCCUCGUUCGGGCUGCACAGCCGGAAGGAAGACGCGAUUACUUUUCGCGGAUGCAAUUUUCCCACGUUCAAAGCGGUAGACUGGCAUCAUUAUUGCUCGAACAUAGUGGUAACUAUGAUGGAAUCAUGACGCCUUCAAUCACUUCCGCUGAUCGUAUCUCCGGUGACAAUCCUCACAAUCUCCGCUAUAUGUUUGGCUGGAUCUCUGACGAUGGUGGCGUCCUCCCCACUGAUGGACCCCGCCGGAGAAAGUAAAAAAACGGAAAAACGUGGAAUCGGUCUCGGCUACGGACUGUCCGGACUCGGGUUCGGCAGCCCACUUACCUACACAUCCUCCGGCUACCAUCCUGCUGGCUAUGUAGCUCCGCUGGCAACCACCACUGUCAUCAAGUCGGGAUACACGGGCAUACCUGCCUCCAGUGCCGGCUACACAGGUUACAGUGGUUUCUAUCCGGGGUACACUACCGGUUACAACGCACUCGGUUACGGUGGACUUCCGGCCGCCGUCGGAACAAGCUACGCUGGGAAGUUUGUCCAGCCAGCGGCCACCGCAACCUACAGCAAAGUGAUCCACUCCUAUCCGCACUACGGAACGAGCGUUGCGGCCGUAUCGCCAGCGCUCGGUUAUACUGGAAUCAGCGGAUAUCACGGAGGAUAUGUGUACUAGGUAUUCAUCAUAGUACAGUGUGCAGUCGAUCCCUCAACAGCAUCGUAUGUUAUCAUAUAUAGACUUGAUUGUGCGAAAUAUUUAUCAAUCCAACCGGUGUAAAUAGUGUAAACAAAUGUUGUAAUCGCAUUUUGG